AUGCAACUUCAAUUUUCACAGAUCUGUGAACUCCAACUUCAUCAUUCAAUAGAUCUGUUCAAUAUCAUAUUUAAGAACACAUCUAAUGCCUCUUCACUAUUUCUCAAAAUUGGCUCUGCUGCUGCCGGGUGCCAUUUGGGUACAGCAUUCCCAAAUAAUAGCUAUACACCAAGAGGUUAUACACUGCUUCAACCUCAAGCUUCUCUGAAGGUGAUUCAUUGUCAAGGUUACACUUUCAGGAUAGUCAUGGGUCAUCAUAAAGAGUGGGGGUACUGGAUUGACAUCAAUCAA